AUAUUUAGAGAAAGUUGAUGGUGAGACGAGGACGUCUUUUUUAUUCCGAACCACGUUUAAAGUGAGGUAUUUUGAACUCGUCAAGACAACAGUUAACGUGCGACGUUUGCGUGUGUCGUAAGAAACAAGAGGGAGAGUCCAAAGUUGGACCUGCUUUCAUCUGUUAAAUAGGCUAGUAUUUUCAUCAAUACUACAAAGAGGGGUUUACAAUCUCUCACAACUUUUCCCGUGGUUCCCUUUUCGGCUUGUUGGACUGGAUAUCGUUUACUUUGGGAGUAAGUUUUGUGAAACGGAUCCGGACCGGAGGGGUGCUUUCUAGACACUCUUUACGCUUUUCUCGUUUGGAAACGUUCCCCUCAUAACGAAAUCACUCACAGGCUAUAGCGUUUAUUGAGGAGGAAGUGUUUUGCUGGGAGAUGAUGACAGAGGUCAGGCUCAGCUAAUGGGCCACUGAAGAGGAGAGGAGGCGAGGCACAGACCAGGAACACAUACAUUAAUACACGAGCGCUAUCACCAAUCAGCAUAGGGAAUUUAAUUUUUCCACACAGAUCAAUUGGAAACUAUAAAAGACAAACUGUUUGAGGACGAUUUUCUUCAGAGUCUUCUCCUUAUUGUAAACGAAGUAUUUCAGCGCGGGUACGAAGGCUGUUGGAACUAUGCCUCAAAAAGGGAUAUUUUAAUAGAGUGAAGCAGAUGCGAGUCUAUAAAUUGUUUUAAGCGGACAGUCAACUCUGUUUCCAGAAUACUAUAACCGGGCCACGUGGGAGUCUGGCGUCGCGUCCAUGAUGCAAAACAAGGUGUAUGACAUCUGUAACGAAGGUCACAGUGGAGUGAACCAGCUCGGCGGUGUAUUCGUCAACGGCAGACCGCUGCCCGACUCCACGAGACAGAAAAUAGUUGAACUCGCUCACAGUGGCGCGCGGCCGUGUGACAUAUCCCGUAUUCUGCAGACCCAUGCUGAUGCAAAAGUCCAAGUGCUGGACAAUGAAAACGUGUCGAACGGCUGUGUGAGCAAAAUCUUGGGUAGAUACUAUGAAACUGGCUCCAUCAGACCCCGGGCGAUCGGAGGAAGUAAACCACGAGUAGCGACUCCAGAGGUGGUCGGCAAAAUUGCCCAGUACAAGAGGGAGUGUCCGUCAAUCUUCGCGUGGGAAAUCCGAGACAGGCUGCUAUCAGACGGGGUCUGCACAAACGAUAAUAUACCCAGUGUGUCAUCGAUAAACAGAGUACUGCGCAACCUGGCUAGCGAAAAGCAACAGAUGGGCGCAGAUGGCAUGUAUGAAAAGCUGAGGAUGCUGAACGGUCAGACCGGCACGUGGGGGACCCGGCCGGGCUGGUACCCCGGAACUUCAGUGCCAGGACAGCCCAAUCAAGAUGGCUGCCAACAGUCAGACGGUGGUGGUGAGAACACAAACUCAAUAAGCUCCAACGGGGAAGACUCGGAUGAAACACAGAUGAGGCUUCAGCUAAAACGAAAACUGCAAAGGAACCGCACAUCUUUCACACAAGAACAAAUAGAAGCACUUGAAAAGGAAUUUGAGAGAACGCACUAUCCUGACGUGUUUGCGCGAGAGAGACUUGCUGCGAAAAUAGACUUACCAGAAGCAAGAAUACAGGUGUGGUUCUCAAACAGAAGAGCAAAAUGGAGGAGAGAAGAAAAGUUAAGAAAUCAAAGACGACAGGCCAGCAACUCUUCGAGUCACAUACCCAUCAGUAGCAGCUUCAGCACUAGCGUUUAUCAGCCAAUCCCUCAGCCCACAACACCAGUAUCCUUCACAUCGGGCUCCAUGUUGGGAAGACCAGACACGGCCCUUACGAACACAUACAGCGCUCUGCCACCAAUGCCAAGCUUCACCAUGGCCAACAACCUUCCUAUGCAACCAAGCCAGACCUCAUCAUACUCAUGCAUGUUGCCCACUAGUCCUUCGGUGAAUGGGCGGAGCUAUGACACAUACACACCACCGCACAUGCAGGCACAUAUGAACAGCCAAUCAAUGGCCACCUCAGGCACAACCUCAACGGGUCUAAUCUCGCCUGGGGUGUCUGUACCAGUCCAAGUGCCAGGCAGUGAAGCAGACAUGUCCCAAUACUGGCCCAGACUACAGUGAGAACAAGACACACGAGAACAAAAAAAAGAAAACAGAGGAGAGGAUAAAAGAGAGGAGCUCCUUCAUCUCCUGACGUCUCUCGGCUUCAAGGCAGGGCUGUUCAGCAGUAUUUUACUAUGGAAUGAAAAGGGGAGACUCUAAAGGACCUUUUUGUACUGGGAUGGUGCCAUGUCUCUAUCAUUCUUUGGACACAAAGACUUGAAGAAUAAAAGAGAACAGACUUCUGUAAAGUGCCCGGUAUUAUAUCGUAAAAUGGAAAAAAAAAAUCUCUGUUUUUCAGUUUCCAACUUAAGUAAUUUUGAUGUAUUUGUACAUGUAAUGGCCAAUUGUAUGUUAUGACAAAAAAAGGAGAAAAAAAAAAUUAACAACCGUGGAUGGACUGUCAAACUAAGUUGGUCUUGCAUCGGUGAGUGGAAGAACAUUUGUGCUGGCUUAUUCAUCAAUCUUUUUUCACCAUCAGCUGAUAUCAAGAACUUCUGCCCAUUUCUGUUUCAAAUGUGGACCUGUAGGAACAAACAAUCUCUGUAUCAUUUCAAGACAAAAACAGCAACAGAGUUCAAAGGAAGCCAAUCCAGAAUUUGUUUUCCAAAGCUUGCGGACACAAGCAAGCUGUUGAACAGGGUUGACUGCUGGACUGGAAGAGGAAAAUGUUUGGUAGCUUAAAACGGUAGAUUGUGUCUUCGAUGUAAUUCAGUUUUGUUUGUCAAAAUAUAAGUAUUUGUCUUCCCUAGAAGUCUCGCAGAACAAUUUCUAUAAUAAAAAUAAUUUCAUUUUAUAA